CAAAGCUUCUUUAAAACCCCAUUUUCCGUCUUUAUUAUAACUUCAAUCCCUUUCUCUGUCUGGUUUUUCAUAAUCUCACGCCACCUUCACCUUGCAACCACACGCCCAUCGCUAUGUCAGAGAGUAAUGGAGAAUCGGAAAUCGGUAAUAAAGGAAAGGAAUGGGAAGUUGUCACACUCACUGAAUCCAUAUAUGCUGCUGCCCCUGCUUCCAAGCAGGAUAACAUCCUUCAUCAAGUUCAAACUGAUUUAAUCAGCGUUUUGAGUCCCGAGACUGCUCAUGCAAUGAUUAUGUCCGGUCACUUUGGAUAUUCAUCGACUAUGCAUGAGAACUCUCUCCCAAAACCCAAUCUCGAUGAAGGCAAUAAACCGGAAUCCAAGCAUGAAGAAAAUUUCAAUUUGAAAGACCCAAUAUCUGAUGAAUAUGGUGAAUUUAGAAAAUACGAUGAUGAAAAAGGCGAUAGCAUGUCGUUCUAUAGUGCUGGGAAGUUUGAUCCUUAUGAUGAUGAUGAAGCUAAUGUUGAUGCCCACGAACCAGUUGAAUCUGUUGACCCUGCUGUGAAUCCAGACAUGUUGAACUUCGAGGAAGAUAAAUCUAGUGAACUGCCUAAUAUUCCCUGCGAGGCUUGGUGGAGAAAUUGUGCUGAUACAUUGUGUGGUCGUGCGAAAAGUGUGAAUCCAUAUUGGUCAAUUGCUAUUGCUGCUGCUGUUGUGGGAAUUGUGAUUAUCAGUAACAGGUGGCAGCGGGAUAACAGACCUCACGUCUUUCAACUUAAGUCACUGUUGGCUGUUGAUAAUGAGGGGACGAGUGGUUGGAUUCUUGGUCCUAUGGCAACACAUAAAGGCGCCUCUCUGAGUGCUCGACACAUUUCUUACAUGUGAAUGAGCUGCUCGAUUGGACUUUGAUGUUGGUGGAAAGGGCGUGUUAUUCCAUGUUUGGUUGGCGUGCGAGUUUUUCUUAUUCUCUCACUGAAUAUUGUGGAAUUCGUGCUCUUUUCUUGAUUUUACUGUGCCGUGUGGUCUUGUAGGGGAAAUUGCUUGAUGUAAAUAAACACUAGAAGUAGAUAUUCAGUGUGGUGGUUCUUGUGUAUAAGUAGAUCGAUGUUAUGGCAGUAUGAGAAACAAGUUUCAUGGUUAUGUAAAGAUUUGCAAGGUUUGCUAUAUCAAAUUCUCUUGCAAAAGUUCAUAAUUUGUUUUUCUGAUGUUGGCUUUAGUUACCAACAUCGACACAUUGGAUGGUCUUUUGUGGGCAAAUUUGAUUUGUACUGUAUCUUUUUACCGUUGGAUCGAUUUUUCUCUUUCUGUGUUCGUGUCAAAUAGAGG